GCUUCCGGCGAAAUCCCAUUGGUCCCCACCUUGUGGCAGCUCGCACCUGAUUGGCCCGUCACCGUUCCCCCGGACGCAGCUCGGGCGGGGGUCCUCGAAAGCGAGGUGCGCACGAGCACCUCACCGCGUUUCGCCGUUGAGUUCUUCAAAAGCCGAAAGCGAAGAAGAGAGAGAGAGAGAGAGAGAGAGAGAGAAUCUCCCCCCAUCUUCUUCUUCUUCUUCUCCUUCUCUCCGAUCUCUGCAUAUUCCUCUCUCGAAAAGCGCAUUCGCUUCCUUCGCCUGCUCGGAGGGGAAGCUCCGGGUCGGGUCCGGUGGGGUGGGGCCGGGGCUGCGAUCCGGCCGGUGAAUCGGCGCCGCCGGGCGGGUGGGCGAUCCCGAGGAAGGCGACGCGUUCUGCUGUAGAUACAUCUGGCAAGAUCGUGACAUUUUAGGGGUAGAUCAGAUCAAUGAAGAACGGGAUUAUAGAAUGCAGCGUUUGCCACUCAAAGCUUUUGUCACCAAGCUCCAAAACCAUAUCGAAGGCCUAUGACCGGCACAGAAGCAGAGUAUCGUCCAAGCAGCGUGCCCUCAACACCCUCUUGGUGGUCGGGGAUUGUGUCUUAGUUGGAUUACAGCCUGUUUUGGUAUAUAUGUCCAAGGUGGAUGGAAAGUUCAAAUUUAGCCCGAUCAGCGUUAAUUUUCUGACUGAGCUUGCAAAGUUGGCGUUUGCAAUUGUUAUGCUUUUGUUCCAGGCAAGGCAUCAAAAAGUUGGAGAGAAGCCAUUGUUAUCAAUAUCAACUUUUGUGCAGGCAGCACGCAGCAAUGUGCUUCUUGCUGUUCCAGCUCUUCUCUAUGCCAUCAAUAACUAUUUGAAGUUCAUCAUGCAGUUGUACUUUAAUCCCGCAACAGUGAAAAUGCUAAGCAACUUGAAGGUUCUGGUUAUUGCAGUUUUGUUGAAAAUAAUAAUGAAGCGCAGAUUCUCCAUAAUUCAGUGGGAAGCUCUUGCUCUCUUGCUCAUUGGGAUUAGCAUUAAUCAGCUGCGCUCACUACCCGAAGGACCUGCUUUGGGUCUAACUGUUGGAACGGGUGCAUACAUCUAUACAUUUAUUUUUAUCACAGUUCCGUCUCUCGCCUCUGUAUAUAAUGAAUAUGCUCUGAAGAGUCAAUAUGAUACAAGUAUAUACCUUCAGAAUAUAUUUUUAUAUGGAUAUGGUGCUAUAUUUAACUUUAUGGGAAUUCUUGGAACUGCCAUUGUUAAAGGUCCUAGCAGCUUUGACAUCCUGCAAGGACAUUCAAGAGCUACCAUGCUUCUAAUCUUUAAUAAUGCAGCCCAAGGAAUUUUAUCUUCCUUUUUUUUCAAAUACGCAGAUACAAUUUUGAAGAAGUACUCGUCAACAGUUGCCACAAUAUUCACCGGCAUAGCUUCAGCUGCACUCUUUGGUCAUACUUUAACUGCCAACUUCGUCUUAGGAAUUUCCGUUGUGUUUAUAUCAAUGCAUCAGUUCUUUUCACCCCUUUCAAAGGUCAAAGAUCCACCACAAAAUGGGACUCUGGAAUUAAUUGAUCAUCAUGACAGCCACAGGUCUAAGGAUUCCUUUAUAAACAUGGCAGCGGGAGCAAAUGAAGAGGCUAGUCAUCGGGUAGGAUCUGAUGAGAAACAGCCUCUACUUCCCAGAUAGGUUACAUCAGCUUGGCCUUCCAUGGUGAUGAUGUGGUGUCGCAUAGAGAGAGAGAGAGAGACCUUUGGCUCCUAGGCCAUAGACAUGAUGAAAUAUUUUGCUUUCUGGUUCCGAGUAAAACUGCUUUGCCUUUGCAGGAACUUUUAAGGCAUUGUCUAGGAAGCAAAUGGUACGGAGAUGGCCAUUUAUCAGACUAGGUAUGGAAUAAUCGAACAAUACGUGCUGCUCCUGAGGGUUUUUCAAGUGUCAUCCGGUUGGUUCCACUAUUGAAGCUUUUUUGUUUGGGAGAGCUCGAAGCAUUUUUUCUUUUGGAUAGAAGAUAGCAAGCGCAUAAGGUCCCAUGCCAUCGAGAUUCUUGUAUUUUUUGUUGCAGACAAUGUAAAGCCUAUCAUUCUUACAUGUAUUCUUUAAGACAAAGUGAGAAAUGUCUUUUGCUUCUACUUUUCAUAGGUUUCUCAAAAUAUGUAUUCUUUCUUUUUUUAAUUUUUUUUGGUUGUUACAACAGAGGUUCUCAUUUCAAUUUCAUUCUUCCAAAGGAAUAGAAAUCAAAUGCUUAUAUAUUUGUUGAA